AUGAGGAAAGCACUAGUGCUGGUCCAGGAUGAUGUCAUGCACUUUAAUCCAGCUGCCCGCAGGUUCUUAUUCAGCCUGCUUGCAGAAAUGUCUAGCUCUAACACUAACACCACUGGAGGUCCCAGUGCCAGCGCUCCUGCUGCUGCGACCUCGGCUGCUUCAGGUGAGGAGGAAGAGGAUGAGGGAGACUCUAAAACGCUUCUGACGGUUCACUCCGUCGACCUCCUGAAAUCCAAGGAUGGGCCGAACCGGCGCGAGCAUCGCACAGAAGCUUACUUUAGCGACAAGCUGAUCGUCCGCAGAGGACAGACCUUCCAGAUGUGGAUCGAGUUCUCGAGACCCUUCAACCCCAAAUCUGACCGUCUGCAGCUGCAGCUGAAGUUAGAGCCGAUCUUCAGCAGAAGUACUGGGAUUCACAUCUCUGUCCCGUUAGUGGACGUCCUGGAAGACGGCCGCUGGGAGAUGAAGAUCGUGGAGCAGAAAGACAAACGCGUGCGGCUGGCGGUCAACACUCUUCCCACCGCCUCCAUCGGCCGUUACAAGGUGACCGUGGAGUCUUUCUCACCGAAGGGCAAGCUGCUGUUCCCCUGCUCCCUGAACGACGUGUACAUGCUCUUCAACCCCUGGUGUGAAGAUGAUCCUGUGUAUCUGGAUAAUGAAGCGGAGAGGAAAGAGUAUGUUCUGAAUAGCAUGGGCAAAGUUUACUACGGAACCGAGCAGCAAAUUGGAACCAGAACAUGGAAUUUUGCUCAGUUUGAACAGGAUAUCCUGGAGGCGUGUCUGUUCCUGUUGGAGAGAGGUCAGGUUGCUAGGACCGAAUGGAGAGAUCCAGUGAUCGUGUCCAGAAUGGUAUCCGCUCUGGUGAACUCCAACGAUGACUACGGUGUUCUGAUGGGUAACUGGAAAGACAGCUAUGAGGGCGGGACGUCUCCCACCGCCUGGAGCGGGAGCGGCGACAUCCUGAGACAGUACUACAAAAGUUCAGGGAAGCCCGUCAAAUUCGCCCAGUGCUGGGUUUUCGCGGGAGUCACCAAUUCCGUGUUGAGAUGUCUCGGUAUUCCCACCCGCUGUGUGACCAACUUCAGCUCGGCUCACGACACGGACCUUUCCUUGACCACAGACAUUUAUAUUGAUGAGAAACUGGAAAUCAUCAAAGACAAGACCAGCGAUUCUAAGAACUCCAUCGGUCAGAGCAUCAGUACUAAAGCUGUGGGAUCUGACGUGCGUGUGGACAUCACACAACUCUACAAAUACCCAGAAGGUUCAGAGGAGGAGCGCAUUGCUGUGGAAAGGGCCAGUCGCUUCGGCUCCAAACCGACUUUGUAUCCGUCCCCCACCGGCAACGACGUGAGUGUUGAGAUCGUCAUGGAUGGGACAGGGCCUUGUAUCGGUGGAGACGCCAAACUCUCCAUCAUCCUGAAGAACAAAAGUUCAAAUCAGCGCACUGCCAGUCUUCUAUAUGAGGUGAUGGUCAUGUACUACACUGGAGUGCUGAAAUCCACUGUGAAGAAGGACCGGAUUCCUGUCACCCUCAAACCGCAAGAGACCAAGACUAUUCCUUGGACUUUGCUGUAUAAGGAGUACAUGAAACAUCUGGUGGACCAGGGCGCUCUGAUGCUCGCGGUCACCGGACGAGUCAAUGAGACCCGACAGAUUCUGGCCACACAGUUCAACUUCAGACUGCGCACACCAGACCUCAUCAUCACUGCUCUAGGGGAUGCUGUGGUGGGUAAAGAGUUGACAGUCAAAAUCACGUUCCAGAACCCGCUGUCACAAGUGUUGAGGAACGUUUUGUUCCGUAUAGAGGGAUUGGGAAUGCAGAGCAUUAGGAAGAUCGCAUAUGGUGAUGUGGAUAAGCUUGCGAUGGUUACACUGACGGAGAAGUUUGUUCCCACCGUCGCCGGCUCUCAAAAGCUCCUGGCAUCGAUGGACUGCCGUCUGCUCACUCAAGUGCACGGAGUCGCUGAUAUUGUGGUCAAACCAAAGUAAAAAA